UAUAUAUGAAAUGCCAUUCUCGUGCUGGCCAAUUACGGGCCCAUAAGAGUGCAAUUAUCAGUUAAAGUCCACAGAGUAAAUUUCAGGGUAGAAUACUAAAUGAAUGCAGCUAGUAAAAUCCAUUUAAACUACGCUUCAUUAAUUUACAUCCUUGAGAUCUAACUCUCACAGUCACACUCCCUGUAGCCUACUAUUAAGAGAAUACAUAAGGAGGUUCAAGAACAUUAAAAAAAGGCAACACAAAACACAAUGGAGGACUCCAGUGCUGAGUUUCCUGGCUUCCAAACUUGUGUUCAUAAGGAUGACUUUGUAUUUGGAAGAUCUUUAAGCCGCCGUUUACAAAGGCAAGCUCCCUGCCCUCUCCAGCUAAAGCCAAGAGUCCCUACAGCAUGCAAUGGUGCACCAAAUCCAUUUGUGAGUGGUUCUAAUCCCUCUUCAUCGUCAUCUUCUUCAUUGAAUUCAUUCUAUCACAGUAAAGAACCCAUACCUCUACUUUCUCCUCUUGUGUUGCCUUCUUUUCUUGAAUCUGCAUAUAUUCAAGAAGGAAAUACAACGAAAUCCCAUUGAAUAUCACAAGGUCAAUGGAUGUAUAAUCUGAGAUAUGUGUUAAAUCUUGUCUCCUGUAAAAUGUAUCCAAUGGUUAUGUAUAUUUAGUAGAUUUUCUGCAAUGUCUUAUGAUAAGUUUACGGAUACAAGGUUGAUGUUCUUCCAAAAAGGUUACUCUUACUUUGUGUUGUCUUUUUACUUGCUUUAGAGAGAUAAUAACUUUGAACUGAUUCA